ACGUCAUACGUGCUAAACGUAGAGGCGUGUCAGGAAGCAGGAGUUUGAAAACUGUACCGAGUUCAGCUGUAAAAUUUUCUGGACAUCCCUGAAGAGAAGAUGACUGAUCCUUGGCAAGAAUGUAUGGAUUUUGCAGUUGCUAUAGCAAAGAAAGCUGGACAGGUUAUCCGUGAAGCUAUGAAACGUGACAUCUCAGUAAUGGUGAAAAGUUCUCCUGCAGAUCUGGUGACAGAAACAGAUCAGAAAGUAGAAGCAAUGAUUAUCUCUUCUAUCAAAGAGAAAUUUCCAUCCCAUAGCUUUAUUGGUGAAGAAUCAGUCGCAGCUGGAGAAGGAUGCAAUCAUACAGAUAAUCCCACUUGGAUAAUAGAUCCUAUUGAUGGAACUACUAACUUUGUUCACAGGUUUCCAUUUGUUGCUGUGUCAAUAGGCUUCACUGUCAACAAAGAGGUUGAAUUUGGCAUUGUGUACAGUUGUGUAGAAGAUAAAAUGUAUACAGCAAGAAAAGGAAAAGGUGCAUUUUGUAACGGUGAGAGACUGACUGUUUCAAGACAACAAGAUAUUUCAAAGGCACUCAUAGUGACCGAACUUGGUUCAUAUCGUUCUCCAGAAAUUUUAAGUAUAAUUCUUUCUAACAUGGAAAAGCUUUUGCGAAUUCCUGUUCAUGGUGUACGGGCAGUUGGUUCAGCAGCAGUUGACAUGUGCAUUACAGCAACAGGUGGUGCAGAGGCUUACUAUGAAAUGGGCAUCCACUGCUGGGAUGUAAUAGCAGCUGCCAUUAUAGUUACUGAAGCUGGUGGUGUAGUGAUGGAUGUGACAGGAGGCCCAUUUGACUUAAUGUCUAGAAGGGUAAUAGCAGCAAACAGUAAAGUCAUUGGGGAAAGAAUUGCCAAAGAACUUCAGAUAAUACCUUUUGAAAGGGAUGAUGGAAACCAGUGAAAGAAGCUUUGUAUCAAGACUGAACCUCUUUUGAAAGAAGGAUGUACAUGCAUUUUAUUGUACAUGGCGCACUGCUAAGUUUAAUAAACUGGUUUUAAUUUGAACCAGUCCUUGUUAAACUGCUGUGAUUGGUUUUAUACCUUGUGUUUCUUAGAAAAGCAUUUGUUUUAAGAAAUGUAAUGCCUCUGUAUGUCUUUACAUUGUAGCAUUAUCUGUGUUGACCAUAAUGGUCUGAAACACUGUGCUGAACAUCUACAUGGAAUGUUCCUGGAAUUACAAAAUUAGCUGAAUGAUUUAGUUAGAAAGGUGUACUUUCCAUACAUUUUGUGGUCCAGUAUGUUCACCACAGCUGUUGCAAGCACAUUUUUGGUAAAAAGACUUGUAAAAACUUUGAUGUUUGACUAGAAUUAAAGUAACCUUGUUUAGUUAGAAUUUAGACAUAAUGUGCAAGUUGUACUGGUUACAUGGCUGAUGUAGAUGGAAGCCACUAACAUAUUUCGCCUUCUGGUAUAUCAACUACAGUGUCAAUGAUACUACUUCCCUUGUAGUGUUGUGUCUUUGCUCCAGAUAAUAUAAUUUCUUUUAUGUAAAACUUUUGAUUCAUGAAACCAGUCAGCACUGUUUGUUUUUAUUAGGUAUCACACCUCAUUCAGUAUGUGCUUCAUAACAUGUCUGCGCCAUGCUCUACAGCAUAGUAUAAUUACUUAAUGUUAAUUAUACCAUAGAUAAUUUUGUUUAGCCAGUCCACUUUUAGGACUCUGUGUUAACAUUUCUUAUAACCUUUGUGGAAUAAGAACCUGACUCUAAAGAAAUGAAAAGAGAAAUGCAGAGUAAUUUCAUGUCUGAAUUCAGCAGUUUCUGAAACUGUUGUGAUUAUUUUACAAAUGUGUUCUGCAAAGAUUUGGAUUUAUGAUACUGAGCUAUGACAUAUGGUCUCUUUGCCAUUAAAAAAUGUGGGCAAGAACAAAUACGGUUCUCAGAUGCUACAGUUAACAUAUCUCACACACGCUCUGUAAUGUAUGUAACAAGUAGGACACAGUUUGACUGUCCUUGCUAUACCAAUCUGGAAAGAGCCAAAAAAUAGGGCAAAGGUGCAAAAAAUAGGGACAGGUUUUAAUUAUUGCACUUAUAAACUUGGAAAGUUGCUAGGAUAUCAGGUUUUGCAUUAUGAUGCAUGUAAGGCAAAAAUGUGGACAGUUGAGAGGUAUGCAUGGAGGUCACGUUUACUGAAGUGGCACUGGUAAAAGCUGCAGUAUUUCUGGAAAUAAAAGGGUGUUAAUGGUGAAUGUUGACUGCAUUACAAGUGUUAUGUAUAAAAUAGGAGGGACAUAGUAAUAAAAGUUAUCAAGAAAUA